AUGGGGGGUUACACAGGGGAGACCACAGAAGAACUAGAAGAUGUAUCUGACGUUGAAGAUGAAUGUGAUGCACGUAGCCGUACCAGUAUUCAAACUGAAGGGAAAACGGAUAGGGCAAAGAUGACUCAGUUGCCAGAGGCUGAGAAAGAAAAGAUAGCCGAACAGGUGGCUGACUUCAAGAAAGUGAAGAGUAAGCUCGACGCAGAGAUUGAGAUCUGGGAUGAUACCAGCAAUGACAUCAUUGUUCUGGCUAAACGGAUGUGUGUGAUUAUGAUGGAGAUGACAGAUUUCACGAGGGGUAGAGGGCCACUGAAGAAUACAUCAGAUGUGAUUAAUGCAGCAAAAAUGAUAUCAGUGUCAGGAUCCAGGAUGGAUAUGCUUGCAAGGCAAAUUUCUAACCAGUGUCCAGACCCAUCAUGUAAGCAGGACUUACUGGCUUACCUGGAGCAGAUCAAACUUUACUCCCACCAGCUCAAAAUCUGCAGUCAAGUUAAAGCUGAGAUCCAGAAUUUAGGCGGCGAGCUCAUUGUGUCAGCGCUGGACAGUGUGACUUCACUCAUUCAGGCUGCCAAAAACUUAAUGAAUGCCGUGGUGCAGACAGUGAAGAUGUCCUAUAUCGCCUCGACGAAGAUUAUCAGGAUUCAAAGUCCUGCUGGCCCGCGACACCCUGUGGUGAUGUGGCGGAUGAAGGCUCCAGCAAAGAAGCCUUUGAUUAAGAGAGAGAAGCCGGAGGAAAUCUAUGCAGCUGUCAGGAAAGGUUCGGCUAAGAAGAAAAUCCAUCCCGUUCAAGUCAUGAGUGAAUUUAGAGGAAGACAAAUAAACUGAGAUUAUUAUUCUCUUCGCUGCAAAAGGUUUCCUAUGCCGAAACAUGGAUCUUUUCAAAUAGUUCCCCUCCCCGUUUAAUCCCAC